ACCAUGAAGACCAAGGCAGGCAGCUCUUCCCUGCAGCGGUGGUCACUGUUGCUGUUGUUGCUGGGCUUGGUGGUGCAUCCAUCUGCUGCCCAGGCCUACAGCUACCAGGAAGCUGUGCUCCGUGCUGUGGAUGGCCUCAACCAGCGGUCCUCAGAUGCCAAUCUUUACCGCCUCCUGGAUCUGGACCAGCACCCUGCCCAGGAUGAAAACCCAGACACCCCAAAACCUGUGAGUUUCACGGUGAAGGAGACAGUGUGCCCCAGGACUACACAACAGCCUCCUGAGCAAUGUGACUUCAAGGAGAAUGGGCUUGUGAAGCAGUGUGUGGGGACAGUCACCCUGGACCAGGUCACAGGCUCCUUUGACAUCAACUGUGAUGGGCGUGUCAAGAGAAUUGGUCGCUUUGGUGAACUCCUCAGGAGAGGUGGACAGAAGAUUGGCGAAAAGAUCGAGAGAAUUGGCCAGAGAAUCAAGGGCUUUUUUCAGAAUCUUGCACCCAGAUAAGAGUCUUAG